UGUAAGCAUGUCGCUUAGCUGGGCUCCGACAGAAAGCUGUCGUAUCUAUAGCUAUCUUCUAUUGAUAUAGAUGGAUAGUUUUAUGCCCUGCACUAUACUUAAGGCAGCGUCUCUCGAAAUUGAUUCAAGCGUCGACGUACUGAAAUGGCCGUGUUUAAAAUCACCAGGUAUACCUGCGAGGCUAAACUCGGGGGAAAUAAAUGUGUUGUCGUCAGGAAGUCGGAAGACAGUUGUAGCUUUCCCAAAAGAAACAAAAUGGACUCCUGAAACUCCACUUAACGUUAUAGUCAAUCGUUUUUAAAGGUUAUUGGAAGAAGAACUGGGUCCUGUGAUCGUUUAAUUACUCUCAUCACCAAACAGCAAUUAGAUCUUGCUGGAGACUGGAGAAUAUUCCCAACCUCUUCCCCUUCUGAACCAAUGGAAGGGUCUGACAGUUCAGAGCAGAGCGGCAGUGACCAGCCAGAGUCGCAGCGCAGGAGCCAGCUGGAUCGUCUUGACAGAGAAGAAGCCUUCUACCAAUUUGUCAACAAUCUGAGUGAUGAUGACUAUCGUCUUAUGAGAGACAACAAUCUUUUGGGCACCCCAGGAGAGGCAACAGAGGAUGAGCUGUUCAGUAGACUUCAGAAUAUCAAAAAUGGUGCAGAGCAGCAGACGAACACGCCCAGUUCAGAAAAUUUAGAAGAGCCAAGUGAACAACCUGAAACCUCAGAAGAUCCUGCUAAUGGUGAUAGUCUCCUAGAAUGGCUGAACACAGUGAGGCGCACAGGCAACACAACCAGAACUGGUCAUCGUGGAAACCAGUCAUGGAGGGCAGUAAGUCAGACCAACCCAAACAGUGGAGACUUUCGCUUCAGCCUGGAAAUCAGCGUGAAUCGCAACUUAGCUGAGCAGCAGGCCGCUGCUGAAGGAGAACAACAGCCUCCAGAGUCUCAAGAAGUAGAUGGAAAUGCUGAACCACCUGUUCUCAUGGAGACAGGAGUGGUAGAAGAACGAGUUGUUGAGGAGAUGGCUGUCAUAGUAGGACCAGAGCCUGAGCCCGAACCCGAGCCCGAGCCUGAGGCUGAGCUUGAGCCGGAGCCGGAGCCGGAGCCAGAGCCGGAGCCGGAGCCAGAGCCAGAGCCGGAGCCGGAGCCAGAGCCGGAGCCAGAGCCAGAGCCUGAGCCUGAGCCUGAGCCAGAGCCAGAGCCAGAGCCUGAGCCCGAGCCCGAGCCAGAGCCUGAACGGGAAGAGAUUGUUUCAAAUGAGACGCAUGCAGGUCCUCCCAGCUCACCAGUUGUUGUGUCAGUUCAACCAACGCUUUCUCUGUCUCUACGUAGAGGACAUAGGAGAGCUCGCAGCCGCAGUUCAGAACCAUGCAGAACCAGGGCUCGUACAGCCAGGAGCCGUUCCCCUCUCCGUUCAGAUCAGAUGGAAGAGCUGCCUAAUCCCCGCUUUGCUCAUACUUCUGAAGGACCUAGCACCGAUACCAGCGCUCCACUUGCGCUUCAAGUGGAGGGUAGUUCUCGGACUCGACAGCAUGUGCUUUCUAGACAAAGUGCUGCUGAGAGUGAUAUUCAGCAGCCCAGGGUUGAAACUGAACAAACUCCUGAAACCCAAAGCGUUGCUUCUCAUGAAGGAGAAAGUGGAGUUGAAGGUGGUGCAGCUGGACGAAGGCCACCUACUAUAAUGCUUGAUCUUCAGGUGCGUCGGGUGCGUCCAGGCGAAUAUCGCCAAAGGGACAGCAUUGCCAGUCGUACACGUUCGCGGUCACAGAACUCAAACAACACAUUUCUUUAUGAAAGUGAGCGUGGUGGAUUUCGUAGGACUUUCUCACGCUCUGAGCGUGCUGGUGUCCGGACCUAUGUCAGUACAAUUCGUAUCCCUAUCCGUAGAAUUUCGGAUGCAAGUUUGGGAGAGGCGACCUCAAUGGCUCUCCAGUCUAUGAUUCGACAGAUCAUGACUGGCUUCGGUGAGCUCGGCUACCUCAUGGAUUCUGACUCAGAUUCUUCCGAUUCCAACCGUGGAGCCAGUGCAUCCGCAGAUUUGGCUGAAAACUCCAAUAACCCAGAUGCCACCGCUCCUGCUGCUCCUGUUGUAGAUGAACCACCUGUGGCUACUGGAGUCAGAGCAAGGACAGUUGAGACCGAUAUGGAUGAAGGACUUGCCACUACUCCUCCAGCCCCUGGUGGCAGGGCUAGACCCAGAGCCCCUAUCAACCUUGAGGAGCCAAGCUCAUUGCCCCUCCUCCGACUGGCUCACUUCUUCCUAUUAAAUGAUGAAGAUGAGGACCAACCCCAAGGGCUGACCAAAGAACAGAUUGACAACCUUGCCAUGCGCAACUUUGGCGAAAGUGACGCCUUGAAGACUUGCAGUGUCUGUAUAACAGAGUAUGCGGAAGGAAACAAGCUGCGGAAGCUUCCUUGCUCCCAUGAGUAUCACGUGCAUUGCAUCGAUCGCUGGCUGUCGGAAAACUCCACCUGCCCCAUCUGUCGCAGGGCUGUUCUGGUGUCUACUAAUAGAGAGAGUGUAGUGUAGCUCACAACAAGCCUCUUUGUCUAUUAAUUAUGUAAUAACCCAAAUUCAUAAAUAACUUUAAGGAGAAAAGUCUAUGUUGAAAUGUAUACCAUCCAUACCAUUUGCAAGUUUUAUCUAAUCACCAGAUGGAUUUGGGUUGCUCCACGCUGGCACUGAUGGAGGUUAGGGCUGCUCAGUGGUAUUCUGGUAUCAUGAUGAACCCUAUUUGAACAUUGUUGGUUAUCGUGUGCACAUUUUCUUUUCAACAGAGAGUCUACCUUGGCACAUGUCCAUCUCUUUCCUGGUUUUAAGGUUUAGGUGCACUCAUAGAAAAAAAACCAGGUACAACAAAUAUGUGUUGUUAUACGGUGCAGACAAUUCGUGUGCAUUGAAAAUGGCUUAUCACUGCAACGCUAGUCUAGACCUUUGAAACUCAGUUAAUAAACUUAACUAUUACAGUGCCAGUGUCCACCUUUCCAAAGUUAGUCACACACCGUGCAUGCUGUUUGAAUCAACCCCUUAAGUGACCAUUCUGGUUUUUUUUUGCACUGUCUCAAGUUGUGUGUGAAAGAGAGCCACUAUUCUGAAGAAAACCAUCUGGUUAUAAAAGCUGUGCACCUGCAGGCAGUUUCAGCAGCUCAAAUCUGCACCCAUUUUUUUUUUAGUUCCUAAACAAUGCCUUAUAAAUCAUAAGGUGUGUAUUGGUACAGUUCAGUUAUUCCAGGUCAAAGUAUUAGCUGUAAAUAAGCUUGUAUAAAUAAUUUUGGAGUCAUUCUUUGUAUCAGUGGUUUUAUUUUUGGAUUGUAAAUCAUCUGAGAUUAGGGGUUUAUUGGCCAGUGUUACUAUCUACCAGGGCAACCCUUAAUUUAAAUAUAAACAUAGCUGCGAUAAGUAUACAACUGAUUUUUAUCUACUGAUAGAUAUGGCCAAAUGAGGACAUUGUUGGUUUGCCAUUUCAUGUAUACGCUGCCAUGUUUGCUAUGGCAUAAUGUACAUGUGUAAUAAACAAUUUUAUAGUAGAUUGUUGUUCAGGCAAAAAGAACUUGGAACACAAGUUACAUAAACACAAGUCAACUUUUGGAUUGGAUGCAUUUUGCCAUCAAAACAAAAAAAUAAUAAUUCUACUUUCAGCGAUAGCACGAAUUAGAGAUUCCUCAAUAUUGGUUGUACAUAUUUGAAAUCAUGCUGUUGGCAGUUAAUAUUCCCUCAUUUUACCAUGACUAAAAAGCAUCACAUACCUGGUUUGUUCUUUAAAAGGUUCCUGGAUUUUAGAAAUGUUGCACAAUUCCCCCCCAAUCGUUCAGUUGCUGGUGUACUUUCAAUCCUACAAUAACACAUUUUGUAGUUGUUGUCAGCGUUGCUGAGCUAAAUGAAAUGCGGCUUCACCUUUUCAAUUCAUGAUGAAAUAAUACUAUUUACAAAACUUAAUUUCCAUCUGAAAUUGGCCAAGUGUGUCUUGAUCAGGUCCUGGUAGACUUUUAAGAUGUUCAGCCACAGAUGUUCAUUACAUUACAUGCAAAAGACAAUACAAACAACAAUGAUAUAAAUGUAUGCUAUUAUUAAAUCUAUUGUCAAUGGUUGAAAUCCUUAAAAAUUUAUUGCAUUAUUAAAAGUAAAUUUCUGUUUUCGAGGAUGUCAGUUUUUAUGGCACUAUUGAUGAACAAGGGCACAGUCUACAUGGAAGAGGGGGAUAUCAUUCUCAUUCUCCAUGUCUUUGCCAUUGUUACACUUUUUUUCACAGGCCAUGAAAUUGAAUGCAAAAUUUUCUCGUUGUUGAAUACCACAAACUUGUCUCCAAACUAUGUAAAACUGUGUUCCCUUUUGGGCCAUGCUUGGCCUUUUUCUGUGAUCCACCCAAUUUGACUGGGUUUGAAUGGAAACUAACUGCUGAAUUAAACAAGUUAUGCUACUAAUACAUUGUAGAUAUCAAUUCUGUGAGCUUUGAAAGCAUGCAACAAUGACUUUCUACAUGCAGUUAGUUGGUCACAUUUAGAAGAUAUACAUGCAAAUCAGUCACCCUUUGGCCUCAUAAUAGGCCAUUUACGUGACUCGUGUAGAGCCCAUGAGUUUUUCCCUGGAAGACGCUAACGUCAUAGGCUAUUUCAUACUCCUUGAGCGCUGGCAGCUAGAUCCAGUCCACACAUUCACCAUCCACACACAGAUGUACCGUAUUUUCACCACCAUAGGGCGCACCGGAUUAAAAGGCACAGUCUCAGUUGCGGGAUCUAUUUCUGUAUUUAACACACACAAUAAGGCGCACCGUAUUAUUGGGCGCAGGCAUGGUAAUACAUACGCUAUCUUAAAACAUAUGGUAGCAUGCAUGAAUGCUAAAACAAUGUUUUUAAAAAGGCAGUCGGAGCAAAACUGAGUUCAGUUGUACUUUAUUGAAGUUUUUAACAACGUACUCUCGUUAUUUUUUUAUCAAUCCUCAUCCACAAAUCCAUCAAAAUCCUCAUCUGUAUCCGAAAUGAACAGCUGGGCAAGUUCAAACAACAAACACAUCGCGUUCCCUCUCGUCACUGUCAGAGUCAGUCUCGUUGCGGGGGGGCUGUUCAGCAAUGAUGCCGCUUUCGCGAAAGCUCUGACAACAGUCAAAGCAGGUACCUUAGCCCAAGCAUCCACAAUCCAUUCACAUAUGGUGGCGUAACUCGCCCGCCGUUGCCUCCCAGUCUUAGUUCCACUUGGUUUUUCACAGCAGCUGUGAGAUGGGCGCGCAUGGAGUCACAGAUCAACAGCGACGGUGACGUGUGGAAAAAACCAUCCGGUCUCUUUACGUACACCUCACUCAGCCACACUCUCAUUUUCUCCUCAUCCAUCCAGCCCUUUUGAUUGGCCUUAACGAUGACUUCGGCUGGAAUCUUUUCUUUAGGCAGCGUCUUCCUCUUAAAAAUCACCAGAGGUGGCAGUUUCUGUCCAUUACCAUGGCAACCAAGCACAACAGUAAAAGCAGACUUCUCAUGCCCCCUUGUGCGCAUCGCUACUGUGGUGGUCCCCUUCUCUACAGUGUGGUUCACCAGGAUGUCGAAAGUGAGCCAAAGUGAGCGGCACCUCGUCCAUGUUGGUGAUGUGGUUGGGCUGGAUGUGUUUGUCGGCAAUCUUUUUACUGCAGUAGGAGCGGAAGAUGGCCAGCUUUUCCUUGUAAUCCACCGGAAGAUGCUGCGCCACGGUAGUCCUUGCCCGGAUGAAUAGAUGGCGCCUUUUCAUAAAACGAAAGCACCAAGACGGACCUCCUUGAAAAUGUUCGAUUUUCAUUUCUACUGCAAGCGUUAUUGCCCUCAGUCGAAUGGUGACUGUAGAGACGCUUCUCCCGGCUGUUCUUUGAUCAUUAAUCCAUUGCUCGAGUUGGUCUUCCAACUCGGGCCACCUCGCCUUGUUUCCGCGGAAACUCAACUUUGUCUUCUUGACUUGGCGAAGCUCGUUUUCCUGCUUCCUCCACUUGCAAACCAUGGAUUCGUUGAUCUCGAAUUCUCUUGCGCCUGCUCGAUUCCCAUGUUCCUCCGCGUAACUGACAGCUUGCAGUUUAAACUGUGCUUCGUAAGUUUGUCUCUUCGUAGGUGCCAUUUUCGGGGGUCCUUAGCCAAACCGAUGUUGUUUUGCACAAUGCACAUACCGGCGCUAUAGACCUACUGGGGGCGUGCCUUUAGCGUCCUCUGUCACGCGCACCCUUCCCCCUUUACGUCCGCAUGCUGUCCUCAGUCAUGUCCGCCUUUCCUCUAUAUAAGCAGCGUGACGGCAGGAAAUUCUCCCAGUCAGUCAAGCGGAGCGCUCAUCAAAUUCACACAUAAGGUGCACCGCAUUAUAAGGCGCCCCCGUCCAUUUUGGAGAAAAUUUAAGACUUUUAAGUGCGCCUUCUAAUCGUAAAAAUACGGUAAUUGUGAAGAUUACUCCACGGCGGACUAGCAUGCGGCCUGAGGUUCCGCCUGUUUGUGCGGGACUUGGUUUGGGUAAGUCACAGGAGUUGAGGAGACCAGAAAAAACUUACGCCGCUUCCGCUGUUAAGAAGUAACGGUAGUUUUACUCCGUUACAAUGAUCUAAAUGUCGCUUGCUAAUUUUAUUUAUCAACUAUUUCACGACUUCCGCAUUGGGCGCUAUUUGCGCCAAUCCAGUUUAAGCGCGAGUGACGUUUAAGUGUAGUUCACCAUUCAAACGACGCAAAGCCACAUGACCUCACACGUCGUCUUCCAUUGGGCUUCCGGGACAAGGGUAUUAACACGAGAUAAACCAGCACCGCUGAUCAUCGUGCAGCUGUGUUUUGGGGGGUCGUCGUCACCAUGAAGGCAACGGUGUGCUACUCGUGUUUACAUUUAGAUGAACAAACAGUUUUCAUGUAUUGUAGUAUUUGUCUAGCACUGUGCCCAAACGUGGAUAUUUCAGCUCACUUAUGAGAAAAUUUACUGCAGUAAAUUGCAGAUGUUUUGUGGGAGUCUUGACUGCAUACACACAUACACGUACGCACACAAUAUCAGAAUUUGCACAUUCACAUUCUGUAAUAUAUAUUUUUUUAUUGAUGUUCAUGCUGUGGUGAAAAAAAAAAUAGAAGUUACUAUUUACUGAGUACUUGAGUAAUUUCCCUUUGUACUUUUUACUUUUACUUGAGUCACACCAAGUAACAAGUACUCUUACUUGAGGACAAUGUUUGGCUACUCUACCCUCCUCUGGAGCAGAUAUCCUCUAUUGCUACUCUUACGUUUAAGCAACAUUUGUGCUCAUCAGAUCAGCCAGUGUGGUAUUUGUUGCACUGAUCUUUUGUAUUUUCGCGUUGAGGUGCUGCGGGUCAUGGCCCUUGUUGUGGUCCCAGCAGAACCGCGAAGCACACGUAACAUCGGCAGCAAGAGUUGGUCCGCUACUACAUCUUGUAUUAAUUAGGAAACGCGCCUACAAUUAUCUAAUUAGUUUAUGGAUGUUAAUGUUAAAUGUAUUACGCGACGGAGUGAUGUUAAGGAUUAUGUCACAACACAGAAUGAACUAACUUCAGCUUCAGAAAUGGCCAAUAAAAACAGAAAGAUAUUGUAUUUAAUAUUUUCCUGGAGGAUGCAUUUGGGAUUAGCCUUUGAAGUUGGUAAUAGUGAAAAAUUUUCUUUUCCAGAAUGAGAGUGCUGAAAGAGGAGGAUGCUAUAAAGCAGGGGUGUCAAACUCAUUUUUGUCACGGGCUACAUCGUAGUUAUGACUUCCCUCGGAGGGCCUCUACGACUGUGAACCCAUAUAAAUGAAAUAUUACCUCAUAUACUGUAAUUACAUACAGUAUACACAACACAAUGAAUAACCAGUUGUAAAAUCAGAAGCCCAUAAAAACAUGUUUUUCAACUAUUACAUUUCUUUUCAACGGGAGAUCAGUAACAAAAAAUGCUUGCAAAUAUCUCAAUGAUUUUACACUAGAACAAAACUAGCAAUUUUUAUUUGAUUUCGCGGGCCACAUAAAAGAUGUGGCGGACCGGAUCUGGCCCCUGGACCACCAGUUUGACAUCUGUGCUAUAAAGCUUGAAGCAGGCAUCCGGUGCAGGUGGAGAUGGGCCUCGCUCAACUUGGAGGCCAAAACCAAAAAAGCAAAGAAAUGAGGCAAAUUUAAUUGUGAUCUUAAAUUGGUACGUCAACAUGUACUUCAGCGGUGUAAAUACGUUUUUCUCUGUGAAGAAAAUGUAUUUUGCCUUAUUGUAUUCCAGAGUAGUCACUGAUGAUGUAGUGGUACACUCGCCUGACUUUGGUGUGGACAGCGUGGGUUCAGUGUGAAUGUGGGUGUGAAUGGUUGUCCUUGUCUAUAUGUACCCUGCGACUGACUGGCGACCAGUUCAGGGUGUAGUCCGCCUUUUGCCCAAAGUCAGCUGGGAUAUGCUCCAGUCCCCCACGACCCUAACCAGGAUAAGUGGUGUUGAAAAUGGAUGGAUGGAUGUAUUCAAGAGUGUGAUGUAUUUAUUGCUGUAUGUUCUUGUUUUAUACUACUGUGUGCUGACUACCUGAUGCUGAAAUGCAAUUAAUCAGCCCAUCCACAUUCAACACUCCCUCCUGGUAGGAGUUGGAUUUGAUCUUUGUUGACAGAGGACUAAGUUUAGGUGAACGGACGGAACAAUGUGCUAAAUAAAUCACAUUUUUACACCAGACACGGGAGCAUUAUACAUGUCAACAGAUUACUGUGGAAUCUUCCGUAUACAGUACUUGCAUCCCAGAAAGGCCACUUUUUGCUUGGUAUCAGUGCUGGCAGAUUAUGAUGUGCUUUAUUCUACUCAUUACAAUCCCUCAAGUGAAAAGUCAACUCACACUUUAGUGUAAAUUUUGUGGUGCACACCAUACAGCAUCUCUCGGUAUUCCCAUAUUUUAAGGGAAUUCAUAGUAUUUUGUAAAUGUGUGAUGUUCUUGCAGAUGCGUGGUUGUACCCUGUUCACAAAUAACCGGAUUUCCAAUGGUUAAAAAAUGUCUUCAUUAAUAUUUACUGUACAUCUUCCACUAGAUGGCAGAAGAUACAAAAAUUCCAUCAUUUUGAGUACAUACGUAGUUUUUGUGACAUCUUUGUGUGAUGCCGUGUAUGGGCUCAUUAAAGGUUGAGAAACACUGUGUCUAAUGUUUAACUAAAGGUGGACAAACAUGGAAGCCACUGCUUUUAGCUACAAUACAAUAGUGGCACUUCGGAGAGCUGCCAAUCGUCUUUGGCCCCUCCAAAGGAGUUUGCGUCAGAAAGCCUUCGCUCCAACGCAAGAAGCUGUUAAACGCAAGGGGACGUGUCCGAUAGAAGUGAGUCCUGUGGACUAGUUCGUGCUGACAGUGAAAAGUGUACAGGACACCAUCAGGUUCUACACGUCAGCUCUGGGCACGGAGGUUGUCACGUUCAAGGGAAACCGUAAAUCUCUGGGAUUCAGGAAGCAGACGUUUAACCUCCAUCAGCUCGGCAAGGAGUUUGAGCCCAAAGCAAAGCAUCCAACUCCAACCCUAACCACUGUUGCUGCACACUUGAAGGUGUGUGGAGUGCAGAUAGAGGAGGGCCCAGUGGAUAGGACUGGAGCAGUGGGGACAAUCACAUCACUGUACUUCCGAGAUCCAGAUGACAACCUCAUUGAAGUGUCCAAUUAUCACCAAGAAACAUCACAAUAUUUUUAAUGAGAGGUCCUCUUGUUGUUUUUAUAAUUUUUUUUUUUUUUAAAGCAAAUAUUCCUAAAACUCAGCAGCGGGCCAUUCAUUGGGCAACAGGACCUUCAGUGGGGACUUAUUUGACGUAGUUCACCUCUUAAAACCACCACUGUCACACCAGUUAUAGAAACAAGCAAUAGCAACUAUUUGAUAGUAAUAAAAAUUCUGAAUUAUUUAUUCAUCAAUGUGAAAAAUAUAAAACAAUUAAAAUACUUCAGACUCA